GAACAAUGACUGAGGCAGAGUUAUACACAUUUUACAAAGGGAUCUUUCUCCCUGUGUAUUUUCAUACUUCGCAGAGCCUAAAAUACUUUGAGAAGUUUUCGUUUCAGCCAGAUGAUAUCAUCAUUGCAUCAUAUCCCAAAUCAGGUACGACUUGGAUGCAGGAGAUUGUCCCUCUGAUCGUGAGUGGAGGAGAUCCAGCUUCUGUUGAGACUCUUCCUAACUGGGACCGUGUUCCUUGGCUGGAGGAGAAUCGGAUUGGCAUCCUUAACAUUCAUAAGAGGCCGUCCCCCCGAAUGUUUACUACACAUAUCCAGUACAACAUGAUCCCUCCAUCUUUCUUUGAAGUGAAGCCGAGGGUCAUCAAUGUGAUGAGAAACCCCAAAGAUGUGUUCACAUCCUACUUUUAUUAUUCUGAGAUGUCCUCCAACUGGGUCAGCCCAGGCUCACAGUUCCUCCACAAGUUCCUUGAUGGAAAAGUUGCGUACGGAUCAUGGUUUGAUCAUGUGAAGAGCUGGCUGAAUGCUGAAGAUAAAGAGCACAUCAUGUACAUCUCCUAUGAGGAGAUGAUUAUGGACCUGAAGGACACUGUGGCCAGAAUCGCUCAGUUCUUGCAGAAAUUUCUGGACGCUGAGGUGAUAGAGAAGAUAGCAGACCGAUGUUUGUUCAAGAACAUGAAGAAGAACAACAUGUCAAACUACAAAUCUGUUCCUCGUGAACAGCUGGACCAGACAAAGUCUGAAUUUCUCAGGAAAGGAAUUGUUGGAGACUGGAAAAACCAACUAACAGUGGAAGAAGCAGAGUACUUUGAUGCUGUUUACAAAGACAAAAUGAAAGAUGUCCAAUAUAAAUUUGUAUGGGAAUAAAAAAAAAGUGAAUGGAAAUACUUAAAGGGAUA